AUUAUAGAUAUAUUAAAGUUUACAAUUAUUUUUAAGUUUAUAAUUUUUGGAUUUUUUAAUCUUAUAUUUAACUGCAUAUGAAAGACAAUUUUUAUUUUGAACAAAUUAAAAAUUGUCAUUAAUCUUUGGUUGCAUGUCUAUAUAAUUAACUUGGUAUUAUUAAAUGUUUUAGUUUUAAAAUUAUUAUUGUUUGAAUCAAUUUUAGUCUUCACAAUAGUAUUAUGCAUCAAAUUAUUAUUUUGUUUAAAAUUGUUAUCUGGAGUAUUUUAAUUACUUUAAGUUUUAUGAAUCAAAUUGAAGCUGAUUCACCUCCAAUUGUGUUAUGGCAUGGAAUGGGUAAGAAAAAAAACAAAAUGUCUAGGUACCUACCUAAUAUUUUUAUUUAAGGUAGAUAUGUAUUAGUAUUAUUUGAGUGGGUAAUAAUAGUUAAUAAUAAUAACUACUGUUAUUAUUAUACCUUUAUACAGUAGGUUCCGAUUUUAACAUAGCAUUUAUAUUUUUGUUGGAUAAUCUUGGAUGUGAAUUCCAUUUUUGAGAAAUUUUAGGGAGUAUUGAAAUACAUAUUUUAGAAUAAAUUACAGGAUUUUAACCUGUUCAGUGUGUACAUGUGCAAUACAAUAUAAUUUUAGAAAGCAACAUCUAUUUUUUAACACUAUUUUAAUAGUACUAUUUUUUUCAAGCAACUUAAUUUUUCUCUAUUUCAAAAAUUAUCUCCAAUAUGGCCAUCUAAAGUUCAUUAGAAAAUAUGAACUUUAUACAUUUUUAAAAACUUUAUAACUUGUGUUAUUAUGCAUGUGUUGUUUUAUUAUUAGUAGUUAACAUUUUUUUACUUUUAAAAUUAAUGAGAAAAAGAACGAAAGGUUGAAAAAAAUACAAUUUAUAGAAUGUGUAUUUCAGUACUCCUUAUCAUGUCUUAAAAACGGAAUUCAAAUCCAAGGUUAUUUGGCUAAAAUAUUUAGUGCUAACUAACUUGAACUUACUGUACCUACUACUACUGUCUACUACCUAUAUUUUAUAUAUUUAUCGAUUUGUAUGUAGUUUUAUAAUAAAUAUUAUUUAUUUUGACUUUACCAAAAGAAUAUUAUUAUAUUAAUUUGAUACAUUCGAAUAAAUAAAAUAGGUAUAUAUGUAUUAAAAAAUAUAUUAAGUGAUUUUUCUAUCAUAAUAUAGGUAAUUAAUGGUUGCGUAUUUUAUAAGAUACUUAUCUAAUUAAAAAUAAUGUAUUUAUUUUAGGUGAUAGUUGUUGUAACCCGUUAAGUUUGGGAAAAAUUAUUAAUUUAUUAGAGAAGAACCUAGGUAAUGAUUCUUAUGUGAAGUCUUUACAAAUUGGAAAAUCUUUUGAACAGGUCUCGUAUAAUUUUCAAUAUUUAUUAAAACCUCAUUUUUUAAUUUGUUACAUGUCAAAACAGAUGUUGUGUACUUGAUUUUCAUAAAUUUAUAUAUUAUUUUUAAUAAUAUUAAUCAUUUUGAAACGUUUUAAAUUAAAUUUUUUGAAAUAAUUAAAAUUUUUUUCUUAAAUUAUAUAAGUUAAUUUUUGUUAAAGAUUGAAAAAAAAUAUAAUAAUAAUUUUUAAUACCCAUAUAAAUAUGCAUAAUUAAUAAUUUUUUUGUUUUUUUGGUUUCAUCAUACAUGAUUUUCAAAGUUGGAAUAUGAAAUUUUAAUCUGAGGUUAAUGAAGUUGCAUUCUAAUAGUUAUUAUAAAAUAUAUUAUUGUAAAAUGUAAGUUAAUAUUUAAAAAUAUUAUAAUUUGUAGGUAUUGUUAAAAUAAAUUACAAUUACUGAAUAUAUUCAUAGUAUACAUAACUUUUUAUCAAUAAUUCGUACCUAUAGCUGUUUAUAGUCUUUGUUUAUAAAUACAUUUCACAGUUAAUAAAGUUUAAGAGUUCAUAAUUUUGAAAGCUAUUCAAGCCUAUGGAAUUGUUAUAUUAUUUAUAUUUGUUAAAUAUUUAUGAAAAACAAAAAACAAAAAAUGUUCAUUUCGCCUUUUUUAAUAAUACAGGAUGUAAAAAAUAGUUUCUUUAUGAAUGUAAAUCUUCAAGUUAAAGAUGCUUGUAAGCAAAUAACUGCUGAUCCAAAGUUAGUCAAUGGUUAUAAUGCUAUGGGUUUUUCCCAAGGAGCUCAAUUUUUGUUAAGUCAAAUCAUAUUUAUACUUUAAAGUAUAAACAAAUUAGUAAUUUUUAAAUUAUUUUGAUUUAGGAGAGCAGUAGCUCAACGAUGUCCUAAUCCUCCUAUGUUAAAUCUUAUAUCAAUUGGUGGCCAACAUCAGGGUGUUUUUGGCAUGCCAAGAUGUCUUUAUUCUAGUCAUAAAUGGUGUGAAUAUAUACGAUUAAUUCUGAAUAAAGAAGCUUAUGCAAGGUAAAUAAAUAUAUUUUUUAAUAAAAUUUAAAUAAUUGUAAACAAUUUACUAUGAUACAUUUUUAACUAUAAAUAUGUAAUUUAAUUUAUAUUGAUAUUUAAAUGAUACUUAAAUAAUUCGUAAAUAUGUCUAUAAUAAAGUAAACAUAUCUUCUAUUUUGUGAAGUAAUUCUUGUUAAGUAUAGAAAUGUCUUGUUAAAUAUAAAUUAAUAAUUGUACCUAUAUAAAUAUUGUAAUACUUAUUUUUAAUGAAUAUUUUAUUUUUGAUAAAUUUUCAGUUGGGUACAAAAUUCAUUUGUUCAAGCAGAAUAUUGGCAUGAUCCAAUUAAAGAAAAUGAUUAUAUACAAAGAAGCCACUUUUUGGCAGACAUAAAUAAUGAACGUGUCAUUAAUACAAAUUACCGUGAUAAUUUACUUAAAUUAAGGAACUUUGUUAUGGUAAUGUUCUCUAAUGACACAAUGGUUAUUCCAAAAGAAAGUGAAUGGUUUACUUUUUAUAAACCAGGUCAAGAUAAAGAAAUAAUGCCACUUGAACAAUCUGUGUUGUACCUUACUGUAAGUAAUUAGGUAAAAACUAAAAUUAACUGUUAUCAUAUUAACACAUUGAUGGACAUUUGUGAUAUAAUUUUUACUGUUAUAUUAGUAGUGCUAUACCUACAUCCAAAAUCUAUGUAAAUUGACAGUGUGGACUGCCAUAAUGUGGUAGUUCAUUGUCAUCUAUGAUUUGGUAUCAUUGAAAAAAUUACUGCUUCCUCAUUGUUGACGUAAUAUGUCACUAUGUUACUGCUAUGAAACUAUGAAAGCAAAUUUACAAAAGAUAAAAGUGUUUGUGUAUGGAAGGGAAAAUAAAACCAGAGUACAGAUAAAAAUAAUGAGGAAACCAAAUAGUAAAAAAAGUAGAGAAAUUUACGUAUUAAGGGAGCACAAUCAGCAAUGAUGGAUGAAAUGGGAGUGAAAUAAUAAAACGUAUUUGUCAAGCCAAAAUAGCCUUCAACAACAAGAAAACUAUUUAAAUCAAAAAACAUAAGCCUAAAAUCAAGGAAAAAUCUAUUGAAGAUGUAUGUAUGUAAUAUCAGUGAGAGAACGAAAAGACUGGAGUAGUUUGAAAUGUGAUGCUAUAGAAGAAUGUUAAGGAUAAGUUGGAUGAACAGGUUAUCCAAUGCAGAGGUGCUGGAAAGUUAAUAUGGAGAAAUAUAGUUAGAAGACUAAACGAAUAGAUAAACCAAAUAAUGUGACACAAAGGAUUGUUAAAACUGAUUAUAAAAGCAAGCAUAGAGAAAGAACCAUAGGAAAAAGCCAAGAUUAGAGUAUAAAUAACAGAUAAUAAAGGACCUUGGUCCUGGAUGUAACUCAUAUGUAGAAAUGAAAAGGAAAGCCAAAAAUAGAGAAGAAUAGAAGAUGAUGCAAACCAAUUUACAGAUUACUAUAGCAGUAGUGUCUGUCAAUGUGUUAAGUUUAUUUGGAAAUCUCUUUUAUCAUUCUUAAGGCACACUAUACACCUUAUGUCCUUACAUACUAUAUGAUCAGGCCGGGCUGACAGGAUAAUUUUUUCAAGUCAGAUAUCAUAAUAUAUCAGGUCUUGUGUGCUCAUCAUGUGUGUCGUCUGAUUAAUAUAUUUACUAAAUCUGAUUGUGUUUAGCGUUGUCCAUUAGAUUUUCUUUUGAUGUUGAUGCAUGCACUAUGGAAAUAAAAUUCAACUGACCAAAUCAUGCAAUGGUUGUGCCAUAUGUACACUUCCUGAUUUGGUCAAGCUAUUUGUUGGUCUAUUCAAAUCAUGUAGUUUGUAGGGGCCUUAAUAGAAUUUUAAUAAAACUAAAUGUAGCGAUAAACUUGUAAAUAUUAUAAAUAUUAAUGUAUUAAUGUUUAAAAAAAAAUAAAUUAUCAUCUCGAAAAAGAAAAGAAGAUUCUGAUUAUACCUUAAAAAGGUAGAGUGAAAAUUUUGAUUCCUACUUUCUAAAGUACUCCUUCGUUUUUUGUUUAGUUCAAAAUUUAUUCUGAAAUACCUUCUUUUAUGGUUUAUUUAGCCCUCAAAACUAUCCCAUUACACAGCCAAACAUUCAAUCAUCUCUGUCCUUCGAUAAUAUCCUCCAAUUAGAGCCACCUUGUAACUCGUCAAUUUCCUUUUUUAUAUCUUUUACAUCUUCCCAGCACAACUUUGGUCUUCCCAAAGGUCGUCCAAGCAGAUUCUGUUCAAGCAUCGUAGUGUGUAACAACUUAUUUUGGGUUCUCCAAGCAUGGCCAGCUCAUUAUAAGCUUCCUCUUCUGAUAACUUCUGAAAUAUCCGCAUUACUAUAUGAGGUUUCUAGCUCUAUAUUCUUUUUCCGUCUUCACUCUCUAGUUAUAUUAUCCUUGAUUGGUUUAUAGAAUCUCUGCAGAAAAUUUUUCUCAUAAUUAAUGAAUUUAUUUUUGUUAAAAUUGUUAUUUUUUCUUAAGUGACCAAGUUUGAGAUCCAUACAAGAGAAUUGUUCACUUUGAUACUUCUUGCAUGAGAUUAAAAAUAUAAUAUAUGAGCUUCAAAGUAACCUGACAUUGUGAAAACAUCUAUUGAUUAUUUAUUAUUAAUAACCUAUGAUAUUAAUGUUUAACAUUAAAUUAUUUUUGUGUUUUCCAUUAGGAUCGACUUGGUUUAAGAGUUUUAGAUGAAAGUGGGCGACUACAUUUUUUAUCUGUUCCUGGAAAUCAUCUAAAAUUUUCUGAAGAAUGGUUUCUGGAUGAAAUUGUUAAUACAUUUCUUAAAGAGUAACACUAUUGUAUUACAAUUAUUAUAGUUUUAAUUACACUAAUAAUAGUUAUUAAAUUUAAUAAAUAAGAUGUCAUAUUUAUUAUUAUACUUGCGUCGCUUAUAAAUGAAAUACAAUAAAAUUGAUCUUUUUAACAUAUCAUAAUAACAAAAAAUAUUUAUUAUUUUUAGAUUCUGAUUGGAGCAAAGAAGCUUAUGGUUUUACAAAGAUGUUUAUUUUUUUUUCUUUAGACAACUUUUCUACCAGAAAACUUGAUUUAUUUUUUAUGUGUAGCAA